CUUCUACCGGAACCGGCACAUGCCCCGGAAGCAGUUGUUGAGCUCUUUAGGUCAGCCUGGGAGAGAGUAGGGGUACAGACGCCAUGCUGCUUUCCGCAGUCUCGUUUGCCAAGAGCAAGUCAAAAACUCUUUUGGUGAAACUGGUGAGCCAAGCUGGGACAGGUUUCUCCUUCAACCACAAGAGAAGCCGACUCCGAGAGAAGCUGACCCUUCUGCACUAUGAUCCAAUAGUGAACAAAAAAGUUCUCUUUGUGGAACAGAAAAAGAUACGUUCCCUCUGAGUAGUGGAUUGAAAAUGAAUUUGAUUCAUAAAUGAAGACCGAGGGUGAGGCACCGUUCCAAACUCUGCAGUGUGCAAUGAAGAUGAAGAAACUGGCAUGGCCUCCAGGGAUGUGAAGGGACAGUGCCGAGAAAAAGAGUCCUUCACAGAGAUCACAUAUUUAUCUCUCUGGAUGCUUUAUAGGCAUUAAUAAAAUAUGUCAAAAUAGUCUAUA